UUUUAGGUUUUUUCUCUUUUUUGUUGGAAGAAGGGCCUUGGAUAUUUUUCUUUCUUCUGCGACAUGAGCAAAGAAAAAGAGAAGCCGGAGCCUCUGGAUUUCUUUAUUUGGACUGUUGAGUGAUUGAAUGAGCCACCAAAUAACCAUUUGAUUUUGGGCUAAUUUAUGAGCUGAUUGUGAGCCCUCCUCUGUUAGCUGUUUCAGUAAUGGGGGUGUUGGAUAUCAGUAUGUUACUCGGGUGUGAAGGCUGUGUCUGCUUAAAAAUAUGGGAUCUUGGAUACAUAGACACCAGCCUUAGAGAAAAUGACUCGGCGAAAAGAGCCUCUAUGGAAAUGCAAUUCAGAUUAUGAAUGGAUUUUUCAUAUUCCUUUUGCAGCAACGAAAUUGGAUGUUGGGCUGUGGUUGGAAGAAAUAAAUCUUGGUAACUAUCGUGAAAUAUUCAAAGAAAAUGGGGUCACUGGAGAGUAUUUGGAAGGGAUGUCAAUGUUUACGACUGAACAGAUCCUCCGAUUCAUACGGAAGUGCCACAUGAAAUGGGGGGAUUUUAUAACAUUGUGCAAGGAGCUGAGGCGAAUAAAAGUUGCCUGCUUGAAAGGGGAGCAAAAGGUACGACGGCCAUGGUGGGCACCGGCUUGUCUGUCGGUGGUGUUUGUGAAGGCUGCGAAACGCAACAGGCAGUCUCGGGUGGUGUCACUGAAGCUGGAACCUUGAUGUAGAUAUGCUCGUGUGUAUAUGCUUGUACCAUUAUUGUCUCUACAAAUUUUGGGCAUUAUUGGGAGCUGGUUCUUCUAUGGAGAGCCCCUCUUGCUUUGUCAAAGUUUUCUUCUUUUUUGUUUGGGAUUUGUCAAAGAAACGACAUAUAUAUAUAUACUAUAUAGACCAACAUGUUUGCUUC